CACACCGACGUCCAAUGUGGAUUUGCUAAGCGCAGCGGCAGGUGCCCACCCUCACCUGUCGCCGGCCGCUGCCCACCGGUUGUCCCACCUCGCCCGACCGAGAGCACUAUCGCGCCCCCUUACCCACACCGCCGGACAAACCGCCGCCGCUGCCUCCUUCUCCUCUGAACCCGGCGAGCCAUCACCCCCGAAACUUGAAAUCCCUAAGCUCCGCCCCUCCCUCCACCACCCCAGCCGCCGGUGACCCCCCCCCCUACACACACACCUCAAACACCCCUGGAAGGCGACGGCGGCGGCAGGCCCAACGGCGGCUGUCGCGGGUGAGGGUGGGCACCUGUCGCUAUGGUCAGCAGAAUAUUAGCUCGCCGGCGUCCUUGAGCUCCAACACCGACAGGAGCUGCCACGGGAUGUGCUCGUCCAUCGGCUUCAACAUCCACUCCUCGAACGCCUCGUUCUCGGACUUGCCAGUGCUGGCAGAGGCAGCGCCGCUAUCUGGCUGGUCCUCUAGCGGCAGGAACUAGCGGUAGUAGAGGUGCAGCAGAUGGUGGAUCUCGCCGUCGAAGGCGGACCACGACGGUAGCGCGGGUGCGACACCUCAGGGGCGGACCACUGUAGCAGCGGGGGUGGGGGGUUGGCGGGGUGCUUGAGCUCGAGCUCCAGGAGGGAGAGAAAAAAAAAUAGGAGCCUCCUCACGGACCCAUGGGAGAUGGGGGUGACAAAAAUAGGAGCCUGCAAGUGCCGCGACCUCCCGGCGCCGGUGGUCCUCCCGGGGUGCCUGCCGCUGCACGGAGCCGACCUCGUCGAGCCCCUCCAGGAGCGCGUCGACCCCGUGUUUGGCCUCCUCGUCGACUUGGGCCUCGACUACCUCCACAGCGACGGCUUCAUCGUCAACACCUUCGACGCCCUGGAGCACGAGACCCUGAAGGCGUUCAGGGAGCUCUCCGACAAGGGCGUCUACCCACCGGCGUACGCCGUGGGCCCGUUGGUCCGCUCGUCGCCGGACGAGGCGUCGGCGGCUGAGCACCGGUGCACGGCGUGGCUCGACGAGCAGCCGGACGGGUCCGUCCUGUACGUGUGCUUCGGCAGCGGCGGCACGCUGUCGACGCUGCAGACCGCCGAGCUGGCCGCCGGGCUGGAGGCCAGCGGCCAGAGGUUCCUGUGGGUGGUGCGGUUCCCCAACGACAAGGACAGCAGCGCGUGCUACUUCAAUGGCGGGAAGACAACGGCAGACCACGGCGGCGACGCCGACGACCCGCUGAGCUACCUGCCGGAGGGUUUCGUGGAGAGGACGAGGGCCGUGGGGCUCGUGGUGCCGGAGUGGGCGCCGCAGGUGGAGAUCCUGGGCCACCGCGCCGUCGGGGGCUUCCUGACGCACUGCGGGUGGAACUCGGCGCUGGAGGCCGUGGCCGCGGGCGUGCCGGCGCUGGCGUGGCUGCUGUUCGCCGAGCAGCGGAUGAACGCGGUGAAGCUGGCUUCGGAGCACGUCGGGCUGGCGCUGCGGGUGCACGCGAGGGAGGACGACGGGGUGGUGCCGCGGGAGGAGGUGGCCGCGGCUGCCAGGGAGCUGAUGGUGGGGGACAGGGGCGCCGUGGCGCGGCAGAGAGCGCGCGAGCUGCGGGCGGAGGCGCGCAGGGCGUCGGCGCCAGGCGGGCCCGCACACCAGGCACUCGCGGCGGUCGUCGACAUGUGGAAAUGUGCUGCGGCAAGCUCGGCGGCUGCCGAUGCAGCAGCUGGUGGUGGACUGUGCAUGAAUCCGUGAUCGUGUCGUGUGUAUGCGUUACUGCGGCCUUAUUUAGUUCACGAAAAUUUUUAUGUUUUAGUACUAUAGCACUUUUAUUUUUAUUUAAUAAUUAAUAUUCAAUUAUAAACUGAUUAGACUUAAAA